AUGAAAACUAAAGAUUCUAAAUCUUUUUCUAUUUGUUUAAUUUCAUUAAAAAAAUUCAUCAAUAAAACUAAUAAAAAACUAAUUAAAAAACUAAUAAAAAAAUCAAUAAAAAUUUUACUUAAAAAUUAUCAUUGUGUUCUAAAUAACAAUAUUCAAAUACAAAAUCAGUUUUCUUCAUAUAAUUCCAUUCUCUUUCAUAAUCAAAAAAUAAAAACUCACCUUUUUCAUAUUCAGAAUUUAAAAAAGUAG